UAUAUACAACAACAUAUGCAUACAACGGCGGCUGGUCUCUGGUUCGCAGACCUGAGGGGGGCGGUCACGGCACCUUUGUUUGGGGUACUGUUCCUGUGGUAUGUGAAUCCAGUGUCACGGAGUCACGUGGGAUUCACUGCCCAACUGUCACACAUUCCCACUGUCACACGUCCCACUGAGCUCCGAGAGAGGGAGAGAGAGCAGUACCAACAUGUCACCCCAGUCUGCUCGGCGGAAGUAUGGGUCCGUGGAAGACCCGACCAAGUCGCGGCGCGCCGUCUCUCCUACGCCAACUGCCGGAGAUGAUGAUGCCGGUGCCGCCGAAAGAGUUUCUUUCGACUUUGAUCCGUCGCGCGCUUUGCGUGGCGAGAGCGCGGACGACCAAGGGGCAGGGAAGCGAUGGUUCACCCUUGUGGUCGUCGGGGUGCUAGCCGUGGGAGUCAUGAUGGCCCUCACUCACGCGGGAUACCGGUUGCCCAAGGUCACGAGAACAACCACAGACAUCGGCAGCCAAGGCCAGGCUCCGAGUCUGAUCCGUGCUGAUGAGGUCAAGAUCAGCGAACACCUUGCGGUGGAGGACGACGAGAAGCAACACGUGGCUCGACCGUCUCCGAUAGCCGACGUAUCUCCUCGUGCAGAGGACGAGACACCUACUGCAGAGGACGGGCAGCUCCCCGGAGAAGUUAUUAUCCCGCAAUUAUCCUUCGAGGCGACCAACUUCUACCACCUGCGUGAUGGAAAGCCGGCGCAGGACUACCCGUGGCUCAAGGACGUCAAGCUCAUCGAGCCCCACCGCGAGACGACGCUUACCGUAAAAAAACCUCGCGACGCGUACGACUACCGCUGGCGAGUGUUCGCCGGAAGCGCGGCGGAGGGAGAGCUGUGCGCCGAGGCGGCAGGGGAGGAGGUUAUCGUCGUCCUGACCACGCUCGAUGAGAACCACGUCGUCCUCGAGGAGGUAGACACGGAUGGGACGGUCGUUCGGCGGCUGCAGGAGAUGGUGAUGGUCAAGUACGUGAGGAGGGAGAUCAGGAAUCUUACUGACGAGGAGCGAGAGGAGCUGUUUGACGCGAUGUUCACGCUUUGGUCGGUGAGAGUGGACGGCGGCAACGGGAAGGAGCUCUACGGAGAUGAUUACGCGGACAUUUUCGCUAUCAACCGCCUGCACUACAAGGCAGCGAGCCCUUACGAGUGCGACCACUUCCACGACGGUCUAGGCUUCUUGACCAACCACAUCGUCUUAACAAACACUUUUGAGGCCAGCCUACAGACGGUGAACCCCAAGCUGACUUUGCCGUACUGGGACUUCACCAUCGAGACCUCUACCGCCGGCACUAACGGCGAUGGAGGUUACCAGUCCCAGACCAAGACCGAACUGUUCCAGGAGUCUUGGUUCGGAACUGUGGACCAUACGGAUGACCAAGUGAAGGAUGGUCGGUGGGCCUACACCGAGAUCCCAAAGAUGAAGGUCAACGACCCUGGCGCCGUAGAGCCAGACGUGUACAGCAAGCUCCGUGCUCCGUGGAACGUCAACGAUCGGCCAUACCUGACCCGCGGCAUGGGCAAGAUGUGCGACGCCGAGGUGGACGAGUGGUACCCUUGGCCGACGUGCGAGAUGCACUACGACCUUGUCACCGGCUACAGCGACUUCUACUCGUGGGUUUGGUACUCCCUGUACAACCCCCACGGACCGGUGCACAUCUGGAUCGGGGGCGUGUUGGACUGCGAGGAGACAUUCGGCGCCAUUGCCGAACUCGUGGGUCCGUCCAUCGCCGAAGACCUGGCGCUGUACUCGUUUAUCCACCGAAAGAACCUGUUCCGAGACGGAAUUUUCUCGUGCGUUGGAAGUGCCUCGGUGGCACAGGCGCCGGCGGAAGUGCUAUCCAGCGGCCAGUGCGGCUGCCAGGGGUACGAUCUCACCCAAGGGGAUGACUACGAGUCAAUCUACUACAAGAUGGUGGACCUCGAUGAACUCAUUGGUAAUUUCGACGCGGACGUGAAGCGCCAGGUCGUGGCGGCGCUUUGCACGACUCCUAUGAACGACGGGGAUCACUUGCAGGCAAGCUCGUCCCUGGACCCGUCAUUCUGGCCGACGCACCCAACCAUGGAGCGGCUGUGGAUGUACUCCGUGCUGACGAGGCAAAUCACGGACUUCACCUGGCCGGACGACGACAUCACCGUCACCAAGCCCGACGGCACUGUCGAGGUUGAGUCGAUCAGCCUCUACGGCGAGACCUGCUUGGGACACCGCGGCAGCGACGUGUUCCCCUUCGGCCUCCUGGACUCCGACACGGACGGCUUCGAGGUGAAGACCGGCAUCAAGGGCAUGGAGAACGGAAAUACCCUCACCAACCGAGAGCUCCUCCAGGCCUUCGAUGCCCGUUCCAACUCGGUUUCGUACGUGUACGACACCUUCAAGUGGACCCACUGCGAGACCGACGGUUUCGACUUCAACGAAGCCUGGAACACGGGAGCCGAGGCACGAACCACGUCAAGCAGCCGCCAACCUUCUUUUAAGCAGGGUGCCCCACGAGCCCCGAUGUACAACAUCUUGGAGAAGAAAAGGGCAGCUCGCGCGGCCAAGAAGGCAACCAAUCUGAUCGAUUGAUCAAUAUAUUUUCCUCACCCGGAAGGGGUAAUUGUAGAUUUGGUGUGUUGUACGCGGGAGGAGGGGGGCGGGGGUUAGGUUAGGGACCCUGUUGCUCGAUUUUCGUGACGUGAUCUCUCCGUCUGGUUUGUGCUUGCUUUGUUGAGGUACUCGUCCAAACGAUCGCUCUUGAUGGUUUAUCUUUGUCUCUCUAGGGUAUUGAUUGCUUUAUUUAAAUGUUUUGGUGUGCACGGGUGGGUUCGAAUACAAAUGGUUGCUUUUGUCGACGGGCGAGAGGGAAGAGCAACCUCGCCCUCCCCGUUGGUUCAUUUCUAUCGUUCCCGUUGGUUGAAGGCAACCACGAAACGGGCGAUGUACGUCUAUCAAUAUAUGUCAUUUUUCUUUCAUUCGUCAACGUGACAAAUACCUUCACAAUUUCAGCUGCCUCCCAGUGAAAAAGGAAGCGAGUAGAUACCGGUGGGUAGAUAUUUAGUGUCCACGACGAGUUUAGGUCACACUGAUUCAGUCACAGCCAAAGGCGUUCGGGUUGUGUCUCGUUUGUGGUAAAUUGUUUGCAAGGUUUCUUACACGUGUUCGCGCGGCGCCACUGUUGUGUUUUGGGACAAACAAGGUGUUGAAGCGCUUUGCACUAGUUGACAUGCACGUAGUAGUCGGUUGCCCGUCACAUGUUGAUUGUUGAUGUUUUUGCCCGUGACAUUGGAUAUCCCUGCAUUUCCCCGUGGCAGCGGCAGUUUUGAGCUUGUGUGUUGCCGUCCUGUCUGCGUUCGUCCACUGUUGCCCCUGAGGGUCACAAGAGGGGGUGCGUAUGGCUGCCCGCCGGUACCGGGCGGAGACAAGCGAUGAAUGCGGCGGAGAUCCUGUCUUCUGUCAUGGUGUCAAGCCACACCAUACCUCGAGCACCCUGUUUGCCUCCCGAGACGAAACCCUUGAUAACGAUAAUAAAUGCUUCGGAAUCUUUCCUCUUUUGGUUGAAGAGUUCGCGACGUUCCACCUUUUCUGUUCACUGUGUGGAGUUUUGUCUGUGUGUGUGCUGUGUGUGUCUCUAUUGUUAGCAUCGACCGCGCUAACCGACUGACUAAUGAAGAUACUACAUUCUGUUUUUUAUCUCUCUCACGU